AUGGCGCAUGCGUACGACGACCUUCAUCAGCACCGGCCAGGAAACAGUGCAGAGCAAAGUUUUCCGCCUGCCUCAUUGUGUCCCUUUAUUACAACACAUACAUUUUUUAAACCGCAAGCCACCAUGAGAAGAACGAGAGCUUCUAGAAGUAAAACUCAGAGUGCUCAAGAAAACGAUGAAGUCCAUUUAAAAACAGUGUGGCAGUGGAAAGGAGAUGAUGGACAGUGGAAACCAUACGCACCUUCAGACUGUGCCUUGUUGGACUUGGCUGUGUCUUCAGGAGAAACCUCCGUCACUCUGACUCUGGGUGCUGGGACAGCCUACGAAGUCAACCUCAAGAAGAUGUUCCAGAUUAAUCCUGUCACAAAGUACAAGAGGAAAAUCCGCUCGCAGACGGUAAAAGCAGAAGGUGAAAAUGAAGCGGGGGGCUUAACUGCUCCUAAUGGGGUACCAGUUGAAGUAAAAGAGGAGGAGGAGGAGGAGGAGGAGGAGCAGCCUGCAACAAAGAAGAGGAAAGGGAAAAGCAAAAUGGAGAGCAAGAUAAAAACAGAAGAAAUGCCUAAAGAAGAAAUAAAAGAGAUUGUGAAGACAGUGGUCAUGAAAGGAAAAGCCCCAGUGGACACUGAAUGCAAAGCCAAAAUUGGAAAGGCUCACGUUUACUGUGAAGCAGAUGAUGUUUACGACGUGAUGCUGAAUCAGACAAACCUUCAAUUUAACAACAACAAAUAUUACCUGAUCCAGCUGCUGGAGGACGACAACUCCAAGUCCUACAGUGUGUGGCUGAGGUGGGGCAGAGUGGGUAAAGUGGGUCAGAGCAGUCUGACAGCCUGUGGUGGAGACCUGCUGAAAGCCAAAGAUUUCUUCAAGAAAAAGUUUUUGGACAAGACUAAGAAUGACUGGGAAGAUCGAGAAGGUUUUGAGAAAGUAGCGGGGAAAUAUGACAUGGUGUUCAUGGACUACAGCACGAAUGAAAAGGAGGAGAACCAGACCACGGUGGAUACUGCACCCAAAAAGAAGACCUCCAAACUGGAUGUAAAGGUCCAGUCUCUCCUGGAGUUGAUCUGUGACCUCAAAGCUAUGGAGGAGUGUGUGCUGGAGAUGAAGUUUGACACCAAAAAAGCUCCCCUCGGAAAGCUGACCACAGAGCAGAUCAAAGCAGGCUACUCUGCGCUGAAGAAGAUCGAGGAGUGUUUAAAGAAGAAGGGCAGCAACCGGGAGCUGCUGGAAGCGUGCAACCAGUUCUACACCCGCAUCCCGCAUGACUUUGGGUUGAAAACACCUCCAAUCAUUCGCACAGAAAAUGAGCUGAAGGAAAAAAUAACACUGCUGGAGGCUCUGAGUGAUAUUCAGAUAGCAGUGAAAAUGGUUCAGUCCAGUGAAAACAGUGACGAACACCCUCUGGAUCGACAGUACCAAUCCCUGAAGUGUCAGCUGCAGCCUCUGGAGUCCAGCUGUGAGGAGUACAAGGUGAUUGACAAGUAUCUACAGUCCACUCAUGCAUCCACCCACUCUGACUACACCAUGACAGUCUUGGACAUGUUCUCAGUGGACAGAGACAGCGAGAGUAAUAACUUCAACUCACAGUUACACAACAGGACUCUGCUGUGGCAUGGGUCCCGACUUUCCAACUGGGUCGGCAUCCUCAGUCAGGGGCUCCGAGUGGCCCCACCUGAAGCUCCCGUCACUGGAUACAUGUUUGGGAAGGGUAUCUAUUUCGCCGACAUGUCAUCAAAGAGCGCCAACUACUGUUUCGCCAGUCAGAGCAAUAACAACAUUGGACUGCUGCUUCUGUGUGAGGUCGCUCUGGGUGACUCUAACGAGCUGCUGGACGCUGACUACGAGGCCAAUAAUCUGCCUGCUGGAAAACACAGCACCAAAGGGCUGGGACAGACCGGACCUGACCCCCAAAACUCUGUCACUCUGGACGGUACGAUGGUGCCGAUGGGUCCGGGGAAGAAGACGAAGGUGGCUCGAACCAACAGUUACUCACUCCUCUACAAUGAGUUUGUCGUUUAUAACCCCGCACAGACUCGCAUGAAGUACCUGCUGCGGGUCAAGUUUAACUACUCGUCACUGUGGUGAGGCUGAAUAUGAGUCUGUGUAAAGUUAGCUGAGAUUCAGCCGCUGGUUUUUGGGAGAGGAUGUUAAAACCUGAACACACAGAUCCUUUUUGGUGGAUGACAUAAAUGUUUACUUUCUCGGUGAUGAAGAACUGCAAAGGAUUUCUAGAUUAAUUGACGAGUUGAUCAACAGAAAAUUAUUAGCAACUUUUUUGGUGCUUCUCAAACAAGAGGACUUAUCUUUGUACUGACACCUGAUGUCUUUGGGUUUGAAUCCACCUAAAUCUGGCAUUUUAUGGACCAGCAAUUCAUGCAUCUUUAGUAAAUGCUUUCAAUUUAGAUAGAGCCUUGCAGUAGGGUCCACGGUGGGUUUGACGAAUCUGAAUGGGAAAAACUGACAAAACUGCUUCUCUUCUCUACGGUUUGUUCCCUCGUGUCAUUAAACCUCCAUGUCAGGUUUGGAAGUCAGGGAGUUGUCCAGUUAUUUCUAAAUACUGCUGGGUUAGGUGAGUCAGACUGCAGCUUUAUUUUACUGCUUCCUGAGCUUUGUUGAGGUGUAAACGGUGAGGAAGGGUCCAUGUUAUAUAGAAUGAAAACAUUGCACUACUUUUUGUCUAUUUGUCUUUAUACUGUGUUCAUCUUCACAUCAAUGUAAGCAUUGCACUGUAACGCAUGUUAUGUAUGAAUCUAUGCUUUGCAUUUCUUUCUCUCAGUCGAUGAAACAGAAAGGCCUUACAGAUGUUUUGGAUUUUUAGUGUUUAUGUUUUUGAUGACGUAAUGAAAUUCAGGAGUUCUGUAGCCUGAAUCUGAAUAACUGAUGAGGUGCCAUUGCUUGAGUCCUACUAACAUAAAAAGACAUUGAAUGGUUUGUUUUUAUCAUUGACGGCCACAUUUUUAACCACACAAUGAAAAACACUGAAAUUAUAAACUGUUCAUAUAUUUCUAUGUUUAUUUUUGUUUAUGUAAACCAGACACAAAGACAACAUUCUGUAAAAAAAAAAAAAAAGAAAAGUGACUAAUUCAUUUAUUGUUGCAUACAUGGGAUACGGUUAUUAUACAGACACAAAACCAAUAAUAAAGGACAAUUUCUUUGUGAGUACAGCA